CCGGACGUUCCUUGAGCCGCUAGCAUCGUCUGCUAAGAAAACGCUGUUUUUAAAGGGAAACCAAGGUUGUUGAGGUCUGUGGUGGGCAUAGCAGGUUGAAGGUUGCUGCUGGUUGCAGGGCCCUGUGGAGCAGAAGAGCUGUGCCAUUCCCCCUUUUUUCCUCUCAUGCCCUCCCCAGUGUGUUUCCCUGCGUGUUAGUGACCCCGCGUCCCCACCUACCCCCCCCACCUGAUCCCUCCUGUUGUGUCGCACACUCCUGCCCGAAGCCCCCCUCUUACCCCAUGCUUGGGACAAAGCCAGCUCACUGCCAGCCCAAUGACUGCCUGGAUCGUCCUGCCUGUCAGCCUGUCUGCCUUCUCCAUCACAGGGAUAUGGAUAGUGUACGCCAUGGCUGUGAUGAAUCACCACGUUUGUCCUGUGGAGAACUGGUCUUACAAUGUAACGUGCACAGAGGAGCUGCCCCGUCCAGGCUUCCCCAAGACAUGCUGCACCCUCCAGGACAUCCCCCUCAUAAGUAAAUGUGGCUCCUUCCCUCCUGAAAGCUGCCUGUUCAGCCUGAUCGGCAACCUUGGAGCAUUCAUGGUGGUGAUGGUGUGCUUUCUGCGCUACGCCCAGGUGAUCGAACACAGCCACCGAUGCUGGGUGAACACCAGCGCUCUGGUGUCUGGCUGCACCAACGCUCUGGGUCUGGUCAUGGUGGGCAACUUCCAGGUUGAUCACGCCAAAUCUCUACACUACGUUGGGGCCGGCGUGGCAUUUCCAGCAGGGCUGCUGUUUGUGUGCUUGCAGUGUGUGCUCACCUACCGGGUGGCUGUGACCGCCCUCGACUACUGGAUGGCCCAUUUCCGAGUGGCUCUGGCACUGGGAGCCAUGGUGUCCCUCGUCCUCAGCGGCAUCUUCUUCAUCCACGAGAGCUUCAUCCUUCAGCACGCCGCGGCCAUCUGCGAGUGGGUCUUCACGGUGGACAUCCUCAUCUUCUACGGCACCUUCACCUACGAGUUUGGCACCGUCACCAGCGAGACCAUGAUGGCAGGCCUGCAGCAGAGUCACCACCUGGGCUCCGGGGUUAUGAUGGGCUCCAGGUCCCGGGGCUCGACUCUGGGCGGGGCGACUAAGGGCCUCAAGUCCCCCGGGGGAAGCAGCACAUCCACACAUCUCAACUGUACGCCAGAGAGCAUAGCCAUGUUGUAGCUCUGCACAAAGGUGUGAACUGCAGAGGUGCUUCAUGGCCCCCCCCCCCAGGCAGGACAACAGAGGCAGCAUGUGGAGGGAGUUCUGAUAUCUUUUGACCAUUUGAACCAACACCAAGUUAUCCCAUCUGUUAUGCUGUACCAUCUUUUUCUUUUCUUCUCCCCCCCCACGUUGGUUCAAGCCACUACAGUCGAAUCUGUUUCUGUAGUGACGUUGAAAGGAGAGCUGAAUGUGUGGAAACAGUCUGAGCACUGGCACCAUGAAUGUUUUCCAAGAUGGCUGUUUUAUUUGGGCAUUUGUUCACGCGAGUAGGUUGUUUACUGAACGAAAGAUGUUUUAUUUUCUCUUGCUAAUAAUGCAUCACCCCAGACACCCCGUCAUGAACUACCCAACGCUUUGCGCGGCCCACCUGCUCUGGCCUUUUGCUUAUCUCUGCACGGCACACUCUUCGAACGAAAGAAAAAAAGUUUUUAUGUUUUGAGUUUUGGAUUUGCGUAGUAAGUAGUAAAAUAUUGAAUGUUUGAGGAUAGUUAACAGUUAUGUAUUUUUUACAGGCUGCAAGCAUAUGGCCUUUUUUUUUAAAUCAAUCAAGCAUAAAUGAUUUGUCAGACUUCACCUGACAAUUUAAGUUGCUUACACAGAUGAUUUUGAUGGUAUUCUCACACAGUUUUACAAAAUAUGUAUACUUGUAUAAUCCAUUUCAUUGACAUGUGAGUGCAUGAUGGAUGCAUAGAAAAAAAAAACUACCGGUCUGUUCUGUUGUAAUGACUCAGACCGCGUCUCAAUCACUUUUAACUGAAGUCGUCUCCCUGGAUGUCAUUUCCUUUUUUUAUCGUCCCACAUGUUGCAUGAUCUGAUCAUUUCUAUGUAACAUUUUCAUUUCAUGCUACCUUUUUAUUUUAUUUUUUUUCUUCUUCAUUGACUGCCAUGUCCGAUGCAAUAACUACCAUCAAUCAUCCAUCGAUAGUUUACGCUCCAUUGGGAGUGAAUAAUGCCUUUUUCAGUGUGUUGGAGUUGAACACGGGGCUCUGCUUCCUGUUUUUUUUUUUAUUUAUUUUAAAGUGACCUACAUCUUACGGUAAAACACGUGGGUGCGUGAAGGUAAAACUAUAAUCCGACUGACACAUUUGCAGAUGAAGUUGUCCACACACGGAUAAGAUUCAAGGCUGGACCCUUGGACGUCUUAUUUGAGUUUGGAGAACAGGUUUUCUGCUACGUAAAAAAGUGAUGUGAAGCGUUCUCAGUACUUACAAGGGAAGCUUUGUUCACACAGUGUUAACUUGAGAGGUGAAUAUGAUGCGCGCGGACCUUGUGCCAUACACGUCCUGCCGUUACAAUGUGUGUCAAUACAGUGUUAAAACCAGACAUAACCAUACAAGUUUAGAUUGAUGUGAAAGUGGGUCACACAUGGAGGAUUUUUUUAUGAUUUCCUGUUGCCAAUUUCUCUUAAUGUGAUCAUUACGGUUGUGAAUUAGCUCAACACCAGACUGCCACAAACUAAAGCUGACUAAUGCCACCUGAUUUAAGUACCAUCAGAUUAAGUUCUUGUUUUAAGCGAGUGAGCCAUUUGAGAAUUAACACACAGUAUUCUGCCCUCUGCGUAGUGUUAACACAUUUUUAACCGUCUUACCACUGGAUGCCAGCAAUACACGUUAUUAAAAGGGUCACCUACCUCUUUUUUUAAAAAUAAUCUUUUGUGGUUUUGAUGUUCUGUGGCAAAAAGCUAGAGUUCAAACAUAUUUUCCAUCUCACAGCGGUUUGAUGUUGAUGUGAGCAGCGGCACACAUGCAGCUCCAAUCCACAAAGAUCCGUCAUGGCGAGCGUCGCCGUUUGGACUGAACUGCUGUCUCACGAGAUGCGUAAUCACGUGUCAGGUCCUUUUUUUUUCUUUACUCUUUUUGUGUGCAAAUUAUUUAACUUUCUUUCUGGGACUGCAGCAAUUCUGAUCUUGCCAAAAAAAAAAAGACUUGAGUCCACUGGAGCUAUGAUGGUUUUUCUGUGAGUCGGCAGUAGGUGUAUGAAUUCGUAUGAGUGCACUGUUUUAGCCUUAUCCCUUGUAUUAUGCCAGGGGAACAUGGUCAGAUCAUUUCUUUUUGUAUCUUGUGUUCAGCUGUAGCCUAUUUCACCAUACUGUAACUAAGUCACAGUGUGACAACAAACGGCAGCUUGUAUGAGCCCUCGCAUCGGGGUUGGAUUUAUUCGGUAACCACAUCUUUUCCGUAACGCCAUCUUCCACUGGCCAAAACGUAACGGGGGAUUUUUACAAUCUGUUGUUUAUCUUUUUUGUCUUUUUCUGUCAAAAUGUACACUUUGUUGUUGGGAGAAUCUUAUAUUACAAAAAGGCUGCCUGACCUGUACUUGUCUUGAACUUGAGCAAAACAAUACAGAAACAAAUGUCUAUAGAAAUGUAUCAAGUCAUAUUUCCUUGAUCUGAAAAACAUGUAAGAGAAUGGAGUCAAGAGAAAUCCCAGAAAUCAAGUCAACACAGAUGAUUUUGUUUCCUUUUUUUAUAUAUAUAAAUUCUGUAAAUAUGUAUGAUUUUGUCUAUCAUUUAGGUAUUUUCAUUUGACAGAGAUUUAUAUUCAAAUAUGAAAUAAAAAUGAUAAAUUAUUCGCA